AUGUGCCUGCUUUGCACAAGAUCUCGAGGUAGGUGUGCUGGCGAAGUGGCCUCCUCGGCUGGCUACGCUUCCACUGCGGGUCUCUAUGUGGCAAGUGCUGGGGGAUAUGAUUGCCCGGCUGCCGUGACGCCCAAGCAGAAGAAGGCAGCCUUCAAGGCCUCCAAGAAUCCCUGGACGUAUAAACGGCUGACCAAACAGCUCACCCCUGGUGACCUAUUCAGGACCGACUGCGCUAUAGAGUCGCUCGCAUUUACCAGGAUGAUAUUCCUCUCUGGUGCGAAGGCCACUUCUGCUGGGCAGCACUGCUCCGGACCAUCAAAAACAGUUUGUCCCCGGAACAUUUUCCUCUCGCUGGCAGCCUUUGCAGGUGUUGGGGAGGUUAGCAGCCUCCUCCACAAAUGGUGCCUUGCACCUACGAGCUGCUGUAGAUACAUCAAGUCCGACUACGUCUGCUCCUGCGGCGCUGUGGAGCGCCAGAAAGCCUGGAAGGAGAAUCGGCUUCGUGUGGGGAAGUGCGCAAGGUUUGCAGGUUCAACGGCCAAGUUGAUUGGAUCUGCUGUAACGUUUGCUGCGGAGGCCUUUCAUGCAUGUGGGGAUGACGCAAGCCUUCCCGCGGUGUGCUCCUCCAUGGUCACCUUCGCGAUUGCUUCCUUAGGAUAUUUCGCAGAGAACGCCGCGAGAAGCCAUUACGAAUGUCCCUACUACAUGGGCCAGAACCUGUACCAGUGUGGGCAAGAUCAAUCCAGAUUGGCGUCUGCAGUGCAGCUGUUCGCUUCUGCCACAGCAGCUGCAGUCAUCAACUGCGGGGCACUGGGGUGGAACGGAAACUCCUUGCAUGCGUUUGGUUGGCAUGGUACAUCCGCCACGCCGGUUCUUUACGGUCUGAGGAGCGGACGUACGAGGUUGGGUAAGAGCAAAGUUUGUCAGACGGGUCGGAAGCGCAUCCGGCCUCGGUGGGGACGAAUUCUGCGCCAGAUGUGA